AUGAGCAGCGGUAGCGGUAGCGGCAGUCGCUGGGGCCAUGCGCCCAACAGCAGCAGCACACACGCCGUCAAUGGCACCGUGAGCCCACAUAGUAUUGCUGCGGACGCGACGGCAGCCCAGCCCGCUAGCAGCGACGACAUUGCGUUUCCUGCGACGCCCGGCGUGCGGAUGGUGCCGUUCGUGGUGCAGCCCACGCUGCACACAACGCUGUGCCUCUCGUCGGCCGACUGCGGUCGCCACCUCGGCUGCUUCCAGCUGCCGUCGUUCCCGACUUGGUCGCAGUGCCUGCCGCCAGAUCCAUCGGCGCCCAUGACGCCCAUCGACGCCACGGAUGCGCUGCACGCCUACACGGCGCUGCCCCCCGACACUCUAAGUCCUCGGCAUGGCUUUUGCCGCGAUCACCACAACUGCGGCGACUACUUUGGCGUUGCGCUGGGCUGCACCCUCGCACGCGCCUCGCCCGCCAUGGUGGCUGCCGGCGUCGGCUACUGCGACUGCAUUACGACCCCGUGUCCCGUGGCACCGACGCGCUGCGACAGAGCCGGUUGCGUCGGCCACGGUCCCAUGCGCGACGGCCCGGACGCACGCUGGCGCCAAGCGCCCCUGCGCUGCGUCUUUGACAGCGUCGCGAAUACCUCCGUGUGCCAGAGUGACAACAGCGUUGCGCCGAUACCGACGGGUGGUCCGACAGCGUACAAGCCAGCGGUCAUUGGGUUCUCGGACGAAUUGCCGUCGGUGCAGUUUGCUGCUGGGGCGACGGUACUCGUCCUCCUCGGCGCCCUCGGUGUUCUCAUUGUCGCCGUCUUCCGCGCCAACCAACUGCGAUCGACAGCGUUGCCGUCAUCGGUCCACGAGAAAAGAUGA